AUGAGGAUUUCUGAAAAUUUACAUAAAGAAAAAAGUUCCAUAUGCCAAUGCAGAAUUGGUUUGCUGCCUUUUCCCAUACAGUUCUUGUUUCAAGGCCCACAUGUGAAAAAGAUGGUGUUGAUCAUGUAAAAGAUGGAAAAAUAUGAAUGAUUGAGCAGAAAAAAAAGAUACCCACUAAGAUUACUAACUGAUGAAUCCAACAGGAGUUGUGGAUGUCUGUGAUUUCUGUUCCUUGAGCAAGGGGUGAAAAAUCUAGCUUUGCUCCUUCCACUUCUCAUGAAAUAUCUUCCGCACACCAACUGUUUGUCCCAAUUCACAGUAGUUGAUGUGAUUCAUAUGGGUUCAAGGGUAUUCUUUCUUAAUUUGGUGAAAGUGGCAAAUGGAAAAUGAACUCUUCAAUGCAUUCAUUGUUGUUUGAUUCACUUGAAACUCUGGGGCUUUGGAGAUGGGUAAGAAACCCUUUUAGCUAUGAUACAUAAUAUACACAGAUUUAUGCAUGUUCAAAGCAGUUAAGAGAUCUGCCAUUCUAACUUUAGGUUUAUUAUUUGUGACUUUUCUUUGAAGAAAAAAUUGGGACUCUUUCUUCUUUUAAGCAUUCUUGGUCAAUGUGCACAAUCCACAUUACAUUUUCUUCUCUGUUCCUGGAUUUGCAAUACAGUUUUUAGUCCUUCGUGUAGGGAUCUCUUCAAACAGAUGGUUAAUGGAUGCUGUCUAUAGCACAUUUGUUCAUGGAGAUGCUAAUAACUCAGCAGAUAUUAUUAUCACCAUGGUCUUGGGAUUUCACGGAUUCUGAACCCUUUGAAGAGUUCUGAGAAAGUCUCUCAGUUUUGUAUCAAGUGAAGGUUCUUCAAUGGUUCAAAUGAGCUGGCUCAACUUCCUGAAGAGAUUGCUUCUUCAAGGAACAUUUUUAAAGCCAGAAAGGAAGGAGAAAAGAAGGAGAUGGGCAUUUGGAAGGUUAAAGAUCAAACGGUUAACCUCAACUUCUGCAUCAGCACCGGUGAAGGACAGACGACUAACUGAAGCUGAGGAAGAACAGAAAAACCAUGCAGUAGCUGUGGCUGUUGCCACUGCUGCUGCGGCUGAAGCUGCUGUUGCAGCUGCUCAGGCUGCCGCCGAGGUGGUCAGGCUCACUGGCACUCCCAGACCUGCCCAUCGACUUAGAGGAAAAACCCAAGAAUUUCUAGUUAAUGAAACUCAAUCUAGUUAUCCUCAAAGCAUGCAACAAUAUGAGAUGAACAUCCAAAACUUGGCAGCUACUAAAAUUCAGACUGCAUUUAGAGGUUUUCUUGCUAGGAAGGCCUUGCGGGCAUUGAAGGGACUUGUGAAGCUUCAAGCUAUAAUUCGAGGUCGUUCCGUGAGACGCCAAACUAUGAUGACCCUAAAAUGCCUACAGUCCAUUGUAAACAUCCAGUCACAGGUCUGCACAAAUAGACUUGGGAUGGCAGAAGGAACUUGGAAUUCUAAUGAAAAUGAGCCUUGGCAAGAGUUGGAAGACAAGGAAAUAAGGAUAGAAUCAAACGGUCAGAGAAGGUGGGAUGACAGCAUUUUACUUGAGGAAGACCGGAAAGCCAUGUACUUAAGCAAGAGAGAAGCUUUGGCCAGGAGAGAAGGCAUGGAACACAUAUUUCACCGUUCGGAGGGGAAAAAUUACUUGCACUAUGGAACAGAUCCGGAACAUGAUGAGGUAGCUGGAGGUUGGAGGGAUACCCAAGUGGGCAGAAGGGAAGAACUUGAAGGCUUGGACUCAGUUCUCUUUUCCAAUGCUAGAACCAGAUGGGAAAAACAACUUCAACAUAGAAAUUUUCAGAAAGGAUAUCAUGCAGAUGGGUUGGAUUCUCCAUCGAAGUCAUUUCGCCAAAGAUCAAUUUAUCACAAGAAGCAGAACUCAGUUGCAGACGACAGCCCCUUCUCACGCUCAUCUGUAGAUGUGCUUCCAACCUACAUGGCUGCCACUGAAUCUGCCAAGGCCAAAACAAGGCCAGUGAGCUCACCAAAGCUCAGGCCAAGGACUAGUUCUGAUCUGCAUUCAGAUAUUGGUUCGCCAUCGAAGAACAGGCUCCUGCUUUUAACUUCUAUGAACAAUGAAGCAAUAAAUCACAAUGGUGGCAGGAUCAACAAGCCUAGCUUGGUGAGAUCUCCAAGCUCCAGGGGCCUCCCUUCAUGUCCUGUACAACCAAGGAUGUUAAAGGAUCUCAGCAUCAAUUCUGAAUGCUCACUUCAGAGUUGGGAUCGUCGUCUUUAGAUGAUUUCAUUGAAUACUGCAGCCGACAAGAGGAAACUUUAAAGAGUGUCUUUGUGGAGUGCAGAAACCGAACCAGUUGUUUUGCAGCAUUUCAAUUGAACAGUGUCAAGAAACAUUAAAGCCAUUUGAAUUGGAAAAACCUAGCCCAUUUGAAUCCUCCACUCGACCCCUCUAUACAUAAAAACUGUUGAAUUGGAAAAACAAAAUAGCUACUGUCAGAAAGCAAGGAAGGAAAGUCAUGCUCAUGCUUGCUUAUUGAAUUUUGCUAUAUUUAAUCAAAUUCUUGAACUGUUUUUCUU